AUGCAACUCAACGAUGCUCUCAAGAGCCAACUGUCGGGCAACACUCAAGUAAGGCUCCAGUCGGUCAUCAACUGGCGCUGUCCGCCGCAGACUAGAGACGAUGCGGCCAUGACUUCCAGUACUCUCAUCAGAUGGUUGCAGAGAAUGCAGACAAAAAUGAGUCAAAUAGAGAUGCAGUCCUCGGCCGCCAUUCAAUUCUAUUGUAUAUAAGAAUUUACAUCAAAAACAAAUAAAACAAAAAACACAAAAUAAGUUAUAAUUUCUUUUUAUAAUUAAUUGUUUAUUACGGACUUAAUUAAUAAGUUUUUCAUAUAAUCUGUUGGAAAGUGUGCCACAGCUCUACCUCUUAAUAGUAAUUCUCUCCUUAAUUUAAAAAGCAUUCAAAUGAAUGCCAUUAAAACGAAGGGAAAAUUGUAAUGAAUUAUUAGAAUUUAGAAAUCAAAUUAUUGUCCAAAUCAUACCAAAAACAUGUAUAAAAAAGCAGUUUUUAAGCCAUAAAACUCAAAACGAAC